AUGGAUGCGAUUCCAUGGGACCAGGUCAAGGCCGGGGAUCUGGAUGCCUUGCAGGUCGUUCUCCUCUCGAGUUCGACCUCGCGCAGGCUCCGGGCCCUGCAAGAUCUCCGCGACAAGAAUGGGUCUGAAUUAUCACCGGAAACCCAUCAAGAAGUUCUAGAUUUGCUCUUCCGAACAUAUCCUCUCUAUGUCGAUCGAUCCUCCCGCCAGGCCGUCCAGCAAUGCCUCCGCUCUCUCCUCCGCACCCCCAAUGCGACCGAACACUUGAAGUUCCUCACCCAAAAACUAAAGGCCGAGGCAGCCCGACCGGGCCUGGCCUCCGCAUUCGCAUUCGUUUUGUUGGAAUGGUGCUGCAUCUUACUGCAGCACUCCAGCGAGGACCAGAACACACCGCUAGCCAUCGUGCUCGAACUGAUUACGGUGGUUGCCAAGGCUUUGGAGAACUGUCUCGCACACAACCCGAAACCCGCAGUGAAACAAUCUGCUCUUCGGGUAACAAGACGUGCUCUGCGCGCCGUCUUCUCCUCCGCAGCAUGGGGGGACGAUGCGGUGCGCCAGUCUGUCAGCCAAUUGACUAGUGAUGCCUCUGCAUCAUACAAGAAUGCGCCUAUUCUUGGUGUUGUUUGCGGAGUCUGCGCACGACUAGCGGACAAGAAGUCUACGCUCGAGGAGUCCAAGAAAGCCAUUCUGGCAUUCUACGUCAAGGAAAUCGUGAGCUCAAAGACCGUUGUGCCUGCGCAUGCGGCCGGUGGUCUGGGCGAUUUCUUCGCCUCAUUUGUUACGUAUGAAGACAUUGCUACAGAGCUGGUGCCUCCCAUGGAGAAAUCCAUGCUGAGAGCCCCAGAGGUGGUUCUCAGUGGUGUGAUCCCACCCCUCUGUGCCUCCUUGCCCGAAGACAUCGACAUUUCCGAAUUGGUCCAAACACGUCUGGCCAAGCACCUUCUUGCCAGCAUGAAAUCCAACAACCCAUCCAUCCGCCAGGGUGCAUCUGAAUCCUUUGGAUCUUUGCUAUCUCGGUGCAAGACCGAGCCCUUGGUUCUGAAGAUCACCGGUGAGAUCAUGGGUCCUUUGAAGACUAACAAGAUCACUGCUGCCGAGCACCGUGUGGCUUAUGCGCAGGCCAUCGCGGCCAUCCCAUCUUCAGCCGAUGUCUCAAAAGACAUCGCUCAAGGAUUUGGUCUUGUCUUCACACGAGAGUCUAACGAGACUGCCCUCGAGGAGGAGAUCAAGUCUUUCAGCAAGCACCUUGCUCAUCUUAUCCAGUCAAAGGUCAAGAUCAACGAUGAUGUCGCAAACACAAUUGUCAAGGGUAUCUCCGACAAGAGAAUUCCUUUCCGCAAGCUCUGGCAGAUCAGCAUCGGAGAGAUUCUUUGGGCUUCUGACCUGGAGGCUUUGAAGAGUGCUGAGAUCGAACCCCUCGUCACCAAGUUCCUUGCUAAAAUGAAGGAUUUGUUCAGCGAGGUCGCCGCAAACCCUCUUCCCUCUGCCACAAGCGGCGCUCUUUCAUCGGCUUACCUUUUCCUGGCACUUUUCCACAAAGUUUCUGACAUUCAGGGCUCUUCCAAGGCUACUUGGGAUGAGUACGUGGCACAAUCGAUGACACUGAGCCCGAAGCCAUCUUUCAUGCUCAACUCCAAGGUUUUCUCCAAGUUGGGCUCCAAAGAAGAGGUCCAGUGGCUCGUCAGGUCAUUGGCUGCUGUCGCCUCCGCACCCAAGUUCGCUAGCGCCGAUGAGGCAUCUAAGACUGCCUGGGCGCAGGCAUUCAUUUACGGUAUUGUCGCUCCUUCUAUCCCCUCAAACUUCCGAGAGGUUUCUGCGGAAACCCUUUCGCAGGUUUACCUGAAGGACGUGACCUCUUUCGGUCAUGUCUUCGUCCGCGCGCUCUGGACUUGGAUCCUUGCUUUCCGAACAGCAGACAAGGAAUCCGCCGCCAACGCAGCGGGGCCAGGGAGCGAGCGCCUUCUGCACAUGGUCGUGAGGGCGCUUUGUCCAUCUACUGAUGUGGUGCAGAAGUCUGGAAUUUCUGCCGACGAUCUCAAGGCUCAGCUUAUUGAAAUUCUUAUUCUGAGCCGACCAGAGUUGGUCCCUAGCACAUCUUGGAUUUCUCUUUGUUUGAGAACAGGCACCGACCCUGGCGAUCUUGUUCGCGCGAACCCUGCCAAAUGCAUUGAGCAGUUGGUUCGUGUCAACGCUGACCCCGUUCAAUCGGCUGUCCCUGAUGUCAACCCGGCUGUUUGGGGCUCUGCGGCUGAAUUGGCGUUCGUUGCACCAGACGUGAUGAUCCCGCGCCUAGUUGAUCAGAUCAAAUUUGACUUGGACGGCACUCGUCUUUCCAAGUUCACAGCUACAGAUGCUGCGAUCGCGCGUACUCCGGAAGGCACUGCCUUUGUUGAUGUGCUGAGCAGCAAGUCGAAGCACCCCGCAUUUGACAAGAACACCAAGGACUAUGAUACGCUGAAGUGGGAAGAGGAGCUUCGAGCCCAGCUAGCUGAAAAGAAGGGACAGACACAAAAGAAGCUUACCCCUGAGGAGAACUCCAAGGUUAAGGCCCAGCUCGCCAAGGAGGCCAAGAUCCGUGAGGAUGUCCUGGAGGAAGUCAAGCGGAUUGAGCGUGGUGCUGGUCUCAUUCACGGCCUUGCAACUGGGCCCAUUAACGAUGUCUCUGGCUGGAUCAACGCUGCUGUCACAUCACUCCUGUCGCUUGCCCAGGCUGGAGCUGGCUUGUUCGUUGGUGACGUGGUUUCUCGGGCUUUCAUCACCUGCUCUAAUGAGGUGUCAUCUCGCCUUGGAAACCUGCGAUCUUCCGCUGGUAUUGCCACCCUGCGAGCCAUCGGCAACACAAACCUCCCCUCUGAUAUGGAAUCGGAGCCCCUUGGUGAACUUGUUACAAGAAUCCUCUACCGACUGCGCUUCGCUUCCGAGCAGCGUCCCUUUGACACUACCUCCCUCGCCUACGUUCUUCCUCUUAUCUUCCAGGUCCUGACCCAGAACGGCAUCCAAGAAGCCAAGGGAGAAGAAGAGGGUACUCAGGUUCUCUUGGCACUUGAGUUCCUCUCCUUCCACUCUGGCUCUUUCGCCGAUAGCCGCCUCCCUCGCGUCGAGGUCUUGAGUCAGCUGCUUUCCGCUAUGCAGCGAUACACCCAGCACUACAAGAUUGUCAAGGAUACUUUGAAUGACUUCUGUAGGUGCGUCUCGCCCAACAUCAACAGCACCGAGCUGGACACACUUUUGCGGGGCACUAUUGUCGCCGAGGCAUCUGUCAGAACGACUGUGCUCCAGGUCAUUGAGGCCGAGAUUGAUCUGACCGAUCUUGAUUUCUCUGAGCACAUCUGGCUCGCCUGUCACGACGGCGUGGAAGAGAACGCCGAAAUUGCAGACACCAUCUGGGAGGACAAUGCUCUCGAAGUGGAUGAAAGCUCGUACAGCAAGAUCAUCAGCUACCUGGAUUCCAAGGAUUAUCAACUCCGAGGUGCUGCUGCUCGUGCGCUGGCUCAUGCCAUUGAGUUCGACAAGAGCAAGUUCGUUGGCAUCUUGUCCGAGCUUGAAGCCAAGUACGUGGAUGAAAUCAAGCCUAAGGCCCCUGAAAAGGAUGCCUACGGAAUGCCUAAGAAGGUGGAGGUCUCAGAUCACUGGGAGGCUCGCAGCGGUAUCGCUCUGGCCUUCGGUGCUAUGACCAAUGAAUUCGAUGGUGAGCAAGGUGUCUCUUUCUUGCGUUUCCUCAUUGAGCAGGGUCCUCUGCUUGACGGAAACUCUCGUGUUAGAAGCCAGAUGACAGAAAGUGGUAAAUCCGUCAUCAUCCAGCGUGGCCAAGCCAAGGUCGAGGAGAUGAUGAACCUGCUUCAAACCACUUUGGAGACUUCUGACAAAGACACCACAACCUCUGAUUUGUUGAACGAGGCUGUUAUUGUGCUUUACGGAUCGGUGGCAACUCACCUCAAGGCGAACGAUCCUCGUUUGCAGACUGUCAUCAAGGAGUUACUCUCGGCCCUCGAUACCCCAUCAGAGUCCGUUCAGCACGCUGUUUCCGAGUGUCUGCCGCCCUUGAUCAGAUCCUCUGGAUCAAAGACAAAGGAGUACGUAGAAAGUCUUAUCCACCGUCUCUUCAACGCCACCGAAUACCCUCCCCAGCGUGGUGCCGCCUACGGUCUUGCUGCCAUUGUGUGUGGUAGGGGUAUCUCAACCUUGCGCGAGUUCCGUAUCAUGAGCUUGCUCAAGGAGGCCACUGAAAACAGAGCUCAAAAGGAGCACCGACGUGGUGCUUUGUUGGCGUAUGAGCUUCUUGCUCUCAUUCUGGGACGCACCUUUGAGCCUUUCGUGAUUCAGAUCGUCCCUCAGCUUCUUGGUGGCUUCGGUGAUACCAGUAUUGGUGUCCGUGAUGCCUGUCUGGAUGCUUCAAGGGCAUGCUUCCAAAACCUCAGCUCUUACGGUGUGAAGCAGAUUCUUCCCACCCUCCUCGACGGUCUGGACGACACACAGUGGCGUAGUCAGAAGGGUGCCUGUGACCUGCUCGGAGCCAUGGCCUACCUGGACCCUCAGCAGCUUGCAGCCAGCUUGCCUGACAUCAUUCCCCCUCUGACUAUUGUGCUCAAUGACACCCACAAGGAGGUCCGUAACGCAGCGAACCGCAGUCUCCAACGUUUCGGUGAGGUUAUCAGCAACCCCGAAGUCAAGAGCUUGGUCGGUGUGCUUCUGAAGGCUCUCAGCGACCCUACCAAGCACACAGAUGAGGCUCUGGAUUCCUUGAUCAAGGUUUCCUUCGUUCACUACCUUGAUGCCCCCUCGCUGGCCCUCGUCACUCGCAUUCUCGAGCGUGGUCUCAGCGACCGAUCCAACACCAAGCGGAAGUCCGCACAGAUCAUCGGCAGUCUGGCUCAUCUUACAGAGCGCAAGGACCUCAUCUCCCACCUGCCCAUCCUGGUGGCUGGUCUUAACUUGGCCAUUGUCGAUCCCGUUCCCACGACUCGUGCCACUGCCUCCAAGGCCCUUGGUUCCCUCAUCGAGAAGCUUGGAGAAGAUGCUCUGCCUGACCUCAUUCCCAACCUCAUGUCUACUCUCAAGUCUGAUACCGGUGCUGGUGACAGACUUGGAUCUGCUCAAGCACUUUCCGAGGUUCUCGCUGGAUUGGGUACUACCAGACUUGAGGAGACUCUGCCAACCAUUCUUCAGAACGUGUCCAGUGCCAAGGCUUCCGUUCGUGAAGGCUUCAUGACCCUCUUCAUCUUCUUGCCUGCCUGCUUUGGUAACAGCUUUGCCAACUACCUCAGCAAAAUCAUUCCUCCCAUUCUGGCUGGUCUAGCUGAUGACGUUGACGCUAUUCGGGAGACUGCUCUCCGUGCCGGUCGCUUGCUUGUCAAGAACUUCGCCCACAAGGCCAUUGACCUUCUGCUUCCCGAGUUGGAGCGUGGUUUGGCUGACGACAGCUACCGUAUCCGUCUCAGCUCCGUCGAGCUGGUCGGUGACCUUCUCUUCAGUCUUACUGGUAUCUCCGGUAAGAGCGAAGGCGAAGAGGAAGAGGAGGAAGCCACCCAGGCUGGUCAAUCCUUGCUGGAGGUUCUCGGAGAAGAGCGCCGCAACAAGGUCCUUUCCGCUCUGUACAUCUGUCGCUGCGAUACCUCUGGUCAAGUCAAGAGUGCCGCUCUCGGUGUCUGGAAGGCGCUUGUUGCCUCCCCGAAGACCCUCAAGGAUAUGGUCCCCACGCUGUCCCAGCUCAUCAUUCGCCGCCUUGGAUCUACCAACAUGGAGCAAAAGGUCAUUGCCAGCAACGCUCUUGGAGACCUUAUCAAGAAGGCUGGAGAGUCUGUGCUCAAUACUUUGCUUCCCUUGCUUCAAGAUGGUCUUCAAACUUCGCCCGACGUGGAUGUCAAGCAGGGUAUCUGUAUCGCUCUCCGUGAGCUCAUCACUGCCGCUUCUCCCGAUGCACUGGAGGACUUCGAGGAGAUCCUCAUCGCCACUGUUCGUGUUGCCCUGGUUGACAACGACGAGGACGUCCGUGAGGCCGCCGCCGAGGCCUUCGACUCCCUCCAGCAGAUCAUGGGCAAGCGGGCUGUGGACCAGGUUCUGCCUUAUCUCCUCCACCUGCUGAGAAACGACGACGACGCCGAACAGGCUCUGUCGGCCUUGUUGACGCUCCUUACCGAGCAGACUCGUGCCAACAUCAUCCUUCCCAACCUCAUUCCUACCUUGCUCACGUCGCCUAUCUCUGCCUUCAACGCCAGGGCCCUGGCAUCUCUGGCCGAGGUCGCUGGUUCUGCCAUGACAAGAAGAUUGCCUACCAUCCUCAACUCCCUCAUGGAUGGUAUGGUCGAAUCUACCGACGAGGAGCACCGCGAAGAGCUCAGCAAUGCCUUCGAUACAGUCCUCGUUUCUGUGGACGAGUACGAUGGCUUGAGCGCAGCCAUGAGCGUGAUGAUUGGUCUUGCGAAGCACGACGACCACCGUCGUCGCGCUGCUGCUUGCGUUCAUCUGACCAAGUUCUUCGCAGAGGCCGAAAUGGACUUCUCGCGCUACUACCAGGAUCUGAUCCGCGCCCUGCUGAUCUCAUUCGACGACUCAGACAAGGACGUUGUCAAGUCGGCAUGGACAGCCCUCACUGGCCUCAUGUCGCACAUGCGCAAGGAAGAGAUGGAGGCCUUGGCCAUUCCCACCCGCCAGAUCCUCCGACAGGUUGGUGUGGCUGGCGCAGAUCUGCCUGGCUUCAGUCUUCCCAAGGGAAUUAUGGCUAUCCUGCCAAUCUUCUUGCAGGGUCUCCUCAACGGUACUACCGACCAGCGUACUCAAUCCGCUCUGGCGAUGUCCGAUAUUAUCGACCGCACUCGUGCCGAGUCAUUGAAGCCAUUCGUCACCCAGAUCACUGGUCCGCUCAUUCGUGUUGUGUCGGAGCGUUCCGUGGACAUCAAGUGUGCUAUCUUCUACACACUUAACAAGCUGUUGGAGAAGAUCCCCUUGGCUGUCAAGCCGUUCUUGCCCCAGCUCCAGCGUACUUUCGCCCGUGGUCUUGCUGACACUACUAGCGAGACCCUGCGCAACCGUGCUGCUAAGGGUCUUGGUAUCCUGAUUACCCUGACACCAAGAGUUGACCCGCUGAUUGCUGAACUUAUCACUGGAUCCAAGACGUCCGAUGUCGGUGUCAAGAACGCCAUGAUGAAGGCUCUCCAGGAGGUCGUUGGCAAGGCUGGUGGUAACAUGAGCGAAGCCUCUCGGCAGGCAAUUCUGACUCUGAUCGACGAUGAUUCUAGCGAUCAGACUGACUCCGUUUCCAUUACCAACGCACGUCUGCUUGCCUCGCUUGUUAAAGUCAUCCCCGUCGCCAACUCGGUUCCUCUGAUCAAGAACCGCAUCCUCAGCGGCCCGCUCUCUCACGCCUCGAUCCUUGGGCUCAAUGCUCUUUUGGCCGAGUGCCCCGAAGUUCUGACUGAGCACUUCGCGGCUGAGUUGCCCACUGUCCUCUGCCAGGGUAUCGCCAACAAGGAUCCCUUCGUGUCCGACAACAGCGCCCUCGCUGCCGGCAAGUAUCUCUUGUCCAACGAAGGCGAUCACGCCUUCGAAUCGAGCAAGGCCAUUUUCGAAGCCUUCGUGCCCGCCAUCCAGGCCGGUAGCCCAUCCGACACCCGUCGCUUGAGCUUGGUGGCUAUCCGAACCGUCAGCCGUCUUCACCCCGAGCUGGCCCGCCCCCACCUGGCCCUUCUCGCGCCGCCCAUCUUCGCCUGUGUCCGUGACUUGGUGAUCCCCGUUAAGCUGGCGGCUGAGGCAGCCUUCUUGUCCAUCUUCUCGGUCGUCGAGUCCGACAGCGAGGUCUUUGACAAGUACAUGGCUGGUCCGGGUGCCUCUUUGCCCCCCGGCCCCAAGCGCAGCAUGUCUGAUUACUUCAAGCGCGUUGCCAUCCGAUUGGCUGCUCAGGCUCGUGAGCGUCGUGAGGCUGAAGGUGGUGAAGGUGGUCUGGGACUGUCCAAUGAUGAAGUGGAUGAUGAGAAAGAAUUGUGGAGCAUCGGCAAGGUUGAUCUUGGUGAUGCCUUCGGCGAGGAAUGA